ACAGCGUAACAAAACAGAAACUCCUUGAAAAGCGCAUAUAAUAAUAUUUGCUUGGAAACAUCCGAAAUGUUUCCUGAAAGUAUCACAGUCCACAAACAGUCCUUUGUAAACAGAUUUUGCAACUCCCAUCAUUUACCCGCCCCAAAUUCCUGCUCGCCUGUGAAGGGGCGACAUUUCUCAAGGAAGCUGAGAGGAAAGUUUCGAUAACACUGGCGACGGACGCGCAACUUAUACCUAACAUUGCGCUGACAGCACCAAAUUCACUCCGAAUCGUGACCUGACGAGUGUUUUGACGGUUACGCUGACAAAUAGUCGUUUGUGGAGUCGUUGAAGCGAAGCAGCGCGUGGCGAUUUACUACAGACGCGGAUCGAGGCAUGGAAAUAAUGGAUAGCGGGGAACCGUUUUUACAAUGGGACAAAAAUCUCAGCGAAUUGUCCGAACCCGGGGAAAACGACAUUUUAUACAGCACUCACUUCACCGAGCUGCUGGAUGAUCUGUCCCAAGAGGCUUUGCUGGGUCAGUUGUUAAGCGACCCGUUCCUGUCCGGCCGUGGAGAUGCUAUGGACACGGAGGAGGAUCUGACCCCUGCAUCUCCAGUGCCGCCACACAUUCAAGCCGAGCACAGUUACUCUCUGUGUGGAGACUCGCGCCCACAGUCGCCCCUGUCCCAUCAGCCCGGGGAGCCCGGCAGCGACACCGGUGACACAGACAAUGACGAGUGGCCCAUGGAGCAGGAGGAUAAAGGGCUGAAGAUGGAGUCUCUGCUGUGUGGCCCGUUGCCCGUCAUGUUGCCCACCCUGACCCUCACUCUGACCCCCGAGGGUCCCUCCUCGCUGACCCCUCCAGCCGCUCAGGUGAAAGAGGACAGCGAGAGUCUCAGCCCUCAGAUUAAACUGGAGCCACACGAGGUGGAUCAGUUCUUAAACCUCUCACCCAAAGGCCUGGAGUCUCUGCAGAUGCCGCCCACUCCUCCCAGCUCUCACGGCAGUGACUCGGAGGGUAGUCAGAGUCCCACACAGACCCCCGCAAGAGCCCCGUCUUCCCUCUCCAGCUCUCCUCUGCUCACCGCACCUCAUAAACUGCAGGGCUCCGGGCCUCUCCUGCUGACGGAGGAGGAGAAACGCACGCUCAUCGCUGAGGGGUAUACCGUGCCCACCAAACUGCCCCUGUCCAAAGCUGAGGAGAAAGCACUGAAGAAGAUCCGCAGAAAGAUCAAGAACAAGAUUUCAGCACAAGAGAGCCGCAGGAAGAAGAAAGAGUACAUGGAUGCUUUAGAGAAGAAGGUGGAGACCUGCUCCAACGAGAACAGUGAGUUACGCAGGAAAGUUGAAAUACUGGAGUGCACCAACAAGUCUCUGCUGCAGCAGCUGCACUCGCUGCAGGCGGCGGUGGCAGGAAAGGUCCCGCGGUCCUGCAGCGUGACGGGCACCCAGACCUCCACAUGCCUCAUGGUGGUGGUUCUGUGUUUUUCGGUGUUCUUGGGGAGUUUCUACCAAUGCCUGAGCCCCUGUUCCUCCAUCACCAAAACAGACCUGAGCAGAGAGAUCUCCAUACAGGACUCGUACACCACUACAGUGAGGUCCCGGAACCUGUUGUCCCUUCCGGAGCAUGGGGGUCUGGACGAGCCUCAUCCCGUCGGGCUGGGCGGGGAUUAUCCUGAAUGGGACCGUCAGGCCGAUGUAAUGGCGGCUUGGCGUUUAGAACAGCAGCACAAACAGGAGCAGGCGGAGCUUCGUGAAGCAGAGCCCCGCCCACAUAUUCUAAACACCAAUGAAACACGAGCGCAAAAGGCCAUUCUCAUAGACCUGCACUCACACAGGUCAGAUCAGUGGUCAAACGAGACGACUAAAGUCAUACAGCUGGAGAGGACCGUCAACGAGACGUCCUGAGAUCCCUGCAGAGGCGGGCCAUAGGCUUCAUAUUUAUAGUAUUGUUUUACUUAGAUGUCCUUUUUUUAAAAUAAACACAAAAACUCACAAAUGUAUUUUUAUUCCAUUCCAGCAGUAUAUCAAAUGUUGAUACUCGUGUACACUAUUUUCUUUUUUUAUAUGCCUUGAAUUUUUGUUUUAAUAUUCUUUCUUUUCCUUUUUUCACCUAUUUGCCCCAUGCUACUGAGAUUAUGUGUAGUAAUAUAUUGAAUUUGCAUCUGUUUUCAUAUUCACAUGACAACGAUGUAGCAUGUCAAUAAAAAUACAGUUCCAAAGAUUAAAAAAAUAGUGCAAAGAUUCAAACUGUAUUCAGAUUAGACUAGAUAGACUAAAAGCUCUGUUUGCGAGUUUGAAGAUGGCGAAUUUCCAAAGCAUUUGUCUGAAUAUGUAAAUAUUUGCAGUAUCCUGUAUUGUCAGUGUGUUGGGAGAGAUAUGAAUUGAUGUGAUUGAUAUCAGUGGAGAUGUUUGCGGUUGAGGGCGAUGAAAGCGGGACGGAUGCUCUCUGUCCCUGAAGUCCCUCGUAUGACGUUGCCCUCUUUAUUAAGGACAGAUGGCCCUUUUUGUCCUCAUCUGGCCACCAUCCAACCCCCGUCUGCACUCUUGAGGGAGUAAAAGACGCUCGCUGACAAGUCUAGCGUUCCCUUGCUCUGAUAUGAACGACUGUGACGACCCGAGUCCCGAGCGAUCUGCGACUCACUUGCACCGCGUCCUCGUAGAAUUAAUCUGUUAUUUAUUAUUUUUAGCAUGCCUGCCAUCCUUUUAUCCUGGAAACGAGCAUUUCGAAGGAGAUGGUGUUGUCGUGAUGUGAUGCAUUCAGAUGCAAACAUUUGUCACGCAACAUCCGUGUCGGAAAUGGUGUGCAUUUCUUAUGUAUUUGGCAUAACGUCUUAACUAUAUUACACUUUCAUUGCAUCACAAUGCAAUCUCUGGCUCUUCCUGAAAUCACUCUGCCUUGUUUAUGUCCUGUUUUUUUCUGCGAGCAAAUAAAUAUUUUCCUUAGUAAAAGCAUUGUAAAUCAGGCGCCCUAAGCUGUCGUUUUGCUGUGUAUCCAUGUUGGCUUUCUCUAUAUUAAAUUAGACUGAUUUAUA